CGCAUGCGCGAUAUAUCUACACAUGGUUUGGGUAUUUGUAACAUUUUGCUGAUUUGCUUCUGGAUAUUUCGACGUUCACUGACAAUAUUGAGGACUAUAACCAGCGAAAAUGGGUGAUAUGAAUAAUUCCAAUGAAUCGAUCGAGCUGUUCGUGAGGGCUGGCAGAGAUGGCAAGUCACUCGGUGAUUGUCCAUUUUCACAAAGGAUCUUCUUAAUAUUGUGCUUAAAGAAAGUCAGUUUUAAUAUCACUACUGUUGAUAUGAAUAAAAAGCCUAAAAGAUUCAUGGACAUAUCACCAGGAGGUAAGAUACCAGUUUUAGUUGAUGGUGACAGAGUGUUAACUGAUGUCUCAGAAAUGGCAGAUUAUCUAGAACAGACGAUUCCUGAACCCAGUCUUAGGUCAACCAAUAAGAAAGCUAUGUUAGCAGGCAUUGACGUAUUUCAGAAAUUUUCAAGGUUUAUUAAAAAUGAAGAUCCACAAAAAGACGAAAUACUUCGAAAAGGACUGAUAAAAGAAUUGCUGUCUCUAGAUUCUUUUUUGAAGAGUGAUAAUUCGCCAGGUUGUUUCCUGGACGGUGACACGAUGACACAGUUAGAUUGUAACAUGUUACCAAAGUUACAUCACAUUAGAGUUGCAUCAAAACGUUUCAAGGAGUUUGAUAUCCCAGAAGACUUUGAAGGUUUGAGGACAUAUCUUAAUGCGGCAUACGCAACAGAGGAAUUCAAAGACACACUCUACCCUGAUGACGAGGUCGUCCACGGGUGGAACAAACAUCUUGGCAGAGUGUAAGACAUCUUAAAAAAUACGAGUGAGCAUCGACAGUGUUUGAGAUAUUCCUUGUAAAUAUGUAUCGCAAUAUACAUUAUUUUGAUUAUUACCUUUGAUUGACAGUAUUGUUGACAGCUUUAUGUUAAUGAAAUUGGAAUCAGUGCUGAGGGUUGAUCCAGGCCAGGAUGUGUUGUGAAUCGCCCCUAUAUAGCGUGAUAAACAAAAAAGUUGCAUCACAUCAUUUUUACCUGUGAACUUUGAAUCCACCUCCAUGUUAGUGAUGUACAGAAUGGGAUAUCUUGAUUAAUUGAAAUGCCUUGUCAAUAUCUUCCUCCCAGCCUGCAUCCAACCAUCUACUGAUUCUAUUCAGUUUUUUUUUCUCAGAUAUACUUAUAGAAGCCAUCCACUGAUUCAUAGCAUUGUUUACUGUAAAAUACUUUAUUUUUUUUAGCUGGAUUUAAUUUUUGCGGAAAAGACUUUUUGGGUGUUAUAUAUGGAGUUUAUUUUCACUGAUUUUUUGAUGAGUUGAAUGUAAUUUAUAGCAAAAAAAAGAUAUGUGCUGAAUUUUAUUUUAACAAUCAUCCCUUCAGUGAAAAUAAAUUCGAAGCAGAAAUAAAACAUUUAACAUGUUUUUAGGACAGUACUUCUUGCUGAUAUCAAGUAUAGUGUAACAGCAGUCUUUAUGUAUGACCGGUACUUUCCAAGGAACUAUCAACUAUUUUACAUUUAAUUUUGAGUAUUUAAUCAAAAAUAUGACAAUCUGUGUGCUUUAUGUAAAUUACAUGUAUAUUUAAAGACUGAUAAUGUAUUGAUUCUUUGUAUGUUACAAGUUAAAUUUCAUGUCAUACUAGGUUAGCUGUAUGUAACUGUUAACAUAGAGUUUAAAUGUGUUGGUUUAGUGGUCAUUAGUUUAUGUUGUCAUAUGAUUGAAAUUUUUAUUAUGCAAAUGAGUUUAGUUUCAAAUUUGUUCGUAGUGGAGGCAUAAUCAAGUGUACAUGUAACCUGUAUGGUGUGUAUAAUGCUGAUAAAUAUUCAAGAACGAAGUGAUGUGUAAUGAUCCUGGUAAUGAUUUCACGACUAAGCACUGUGGUUCACUCGAUAGCGUAUCUCGUGUGUUUACUAUCGCAGAGUUAAGUUUGAUGUCAAAACAUGGAUGCUAAGUGCAUUUCAAGUUUUCAGUUCACCUGAUAGGAUCUGAUUACCAACUGUGUGGUUUGUCUGCCCUUAUAUUUAUUUGCCCUUGAAUGUUACUUGGAUUCACAGCAAGAGAAUUAGUUGGUACCAUCCAUUAGAUUUACAGAUUUUGUAAUAACCAAUUAAAACAUAUUUGGCAGCCUUAUGUAGUUAUAAUGUACAAAUGUAUGUUGAAUGUGGACAUCACACCUACCAGAAAGAGUAAAUCACCCCUUAUCAUUCUGAAAAUGUUCUUGUUUUAUUCAAAGACUGCCAGCAAUACAUUGACUACCCACCUUUGUCCUUGACUUUGUAAUGAACCCAAUAUAUAAUCAAUGUAUAUGCUUUGUUAUUGACAAAGCAAAAUAGUCUCUUAAUUAAUUUAUCAUUCUAAAAAUAGUUUAUAAUAUUCAUAAUUCUUCAAAAUUUAAUGUACUUGUAGGAAAAUCUACAACUAAAGUAAGUUUUUUGGGCCAGUAACCCCAUGUGAUGAUAUUUUGUUUGUCCUUUGAAAAUAUUUUAUAAUAACCCAUAAUAAUCAUCACUCUGAAGAUGCAGUAAUGGUGACAAUGGUUACCUUGGUAAUCAAAGCAUACUCCCAGCAAACCUAUUUUAUAUCAUCUUUCUGCUACUAACAUGUUUAAAAAUUAGUUUGUUCAAAUUGCACAGUUUAUACACUCUUCUUAUAUAUUUGUUUUGGCAGUUUCCAACUUCAGAAUGUAUCAUAUGGCAACACUGAGAAUCUAUGAAAUCAACCCAUUGCCAAUUUAGCAAAUAUGUAUUGACUAUUUACUGCCCACUGCAAGAUGCCACAUGCAUGAAAUGGAAUGUAAAGACAGAACAAACAACGGUGUUGUGGGAUUUGACAAAUGCAAAAAUAUUUAUAGGGUAUUUCCAUGCUUAAUUAUGUGCUAUACACAUUUGAAGAUCAGUUUUGAUGAAGUAAUGCUAUCCUGAUAUCAUAUACCAUUCAAUGUCAAAACUAGCUUUGACAUUGAGCUAUUCAAAAUCAUAUCGUUCGAAUUUUGUGGCAGACAUUCGGCCUAAACUUUUUAUGCAUUACGCAUUAAUUGCAGUGAGUAGAAAAUCACCUUGAAAUGGCAAUCAUAUAUCUUAUCAAUUGUAUCUACUUUUGAAUAUUGAUAAAGCAUAGCUUUAAUAAUCAAGGAAAAUAUGUCGCGUGCGUGCCCAUCUAUCCACAGCCCACAAGUUCAUUGAGGACCAUGGAUUUAAUGCUUUUUAUUCCCAUAAAAUUGAGUUUUAUUUAAAUAGUAUAUAUUCAACUGAAAUAGAAUUCUAUAGUACCUGUAUACAUGCAUUUUGUUGAUUUGCAAUUCGUGUAAAGAAAUGUUAUAUAACCUAAUAUAUCAGCUGAACAGAUGUCAUGACCCAAAGGACUGGUCUUGCGCUUUCAAUUGAUAUUUCUAUCAGUAUAUGUGUAUUUACUACCGUGUACUCCAAGCUUUGCUGCACUUGUCAUUGCUUGAUAUAUGUCAUUACUUGAAUAAGAAUUUCAGAGCAAUAGUCAAUUGAUUGUAUUUAGUGCGUGCGUGCCACCAUAGUAGUAACCUUAUAAUUCAUAUGUUUUUAUGUCAAAUCAUAGGGCUUCGUUGAUUUACAAAUCUGCUGAAAUGUAACUACUUGAGUGCUUUCACAAAAUUAAAGUGAAGAGCGCCACCAACGUGUAAUGCUGUUUUUAUCUGUAUACUGGUAAAUGUUCCUUUGUUUUUAGUUUAGAUUAGCAUGCCAGUUUAUGUUUGUAUUAUAAAUUUACUUUUUAGUGUGUGAAAGAAAUAUUCGUUUUGUGCCAGUUACUUUUCUACCAUGUGCAAUAUUGUCAGUAAAUACUGUUUUGAUUCUACCUUGUUUUGCAGCGUUGAUUGGGCAAGCAUCUUUGUUGGUUAUCGCUACAUCCAUUUUUCAGCGAAACAAAAACAUCACCUCUUGGGGCAGUUUCCUUCUCGUUUUUUUUAACUAUUCGAGGAGGCUUUCAGCGGGCAAUGUGAUAAGCCUGUGACCAGUCUCGAAGUCUGACUAAUCGGAUAUGUAUACUACUGCACAUACAAAAUGCAAUGCCCGCUGCAGUUUCUUAUGAUUCCUUUGUUGUAGAUUUCUAAUGCACAUGUGUUAUAAAACAUCUUUACGUAACAGUCUUCAUACAUGACAAAUAUUGUAGACUAUACAACUGCGUGUGUCUAUUUCUUUCACACUAUCUAACGUUAGAAAAUAACUUUUGUUGAGUUUAAUGUUUGUUUUUCUAAUGCUUCAACACAAGGUUCUUACCAAAGGAACAGUAUUAAUUAUCCUGAGAUUGGCCUAAAAAGAGUUUUUAAUGGUCAACACUUGAUAUGGACAAAUAGUUAUAGCUGGGAACCACAUAGCCAAUGUAUUGCGUAUAUACUUUGAUCUAUGGAAUAUUGAUGCAUUACUCGCCAAUGUCUUGAAGUACCGGUACCCAGAAUUGGAUUUUUUGUAUUGAAACCUGGUGUUUGUUUUUCAUAAUCUGCCAAAAAAAAAAAAUCCUGUAUUUAUGUUGAUAUUUUAAUUAAUAUAUAUCAUAUCCGUCACAAAUUAUUUUAAAAAUACUCAAUUUAGAUAGUUAGGGAAAAACAAAUUUUCCUGUAAGAAAAUCGAAGAAUAAUGUAUUGAGUUUUAGAUAUUUGUUAAUGUAGAUAGUUCAAUAAAGAGUUCAUAAUUUCA